CACUCAUUCACUCCUCUUCUUCACCAAAUUAGCUCACCCGCUCAAUCUCUUCUUGAUCUCUCGAUUCGAUUUCCUGAAGAAAAAUGUCUGGGCGGGGCAAGGGAGGCAAGGGGCUGGGAAAGGGAGGAGCGAAGCGCCAUCGCAAGGUCCUCCGUGACAACAUCCAGGGAAUCACCAAGCCGGCGAUUCGCCGAUUGGCUCGCAGAGGUGGAGUCAAGAGGAUCAGCGGGCUGAUCUAUGAGGAGACUCGCGGCGUUCUCAAGAUCUUCUUGGAGAAUGUCAUCCGCGAUGCUGUGACCUACACCGAGCACGCCAGGCGCAAGACGGUGACGGCGAUGGAUGUGGUGUACGCUCUCAAGAGGCAGGGCAGGACUCUCUACGGGUUCGGCGGUUAGGAAGGAUCGGAGAUCCAGGAGAAAGAAGUCUUGCUGUCAAGACAAGAAAGAUGAAGCUCGUCGGAAGAUUUUAUGUCUAGCUUAGGGUUCCUGUUGUUUUCCUUUCAUGUUCUCUACUCUGUAAUUGAUUUCUCCUACUAGUAAUGGAUUCUUGCUUUUAGAAUCUAUCUGUAGAUUGCAAUUCACGGUGCGCUCUUGAAUUGCCAUUCCUUUCAGUAAAAGUUUGCCUUAUUUCUACUACUAUUACCAAAUUCUGUUAUCAAUUUACAAUGCUGGUUAUGCUUAGGGCUGCAAAGCAAAAAAUCAAUAAAACUGAAAUACCAAU